AGUGCUCGCAUAUCCCAGACAACCGCUCAAGUUUGUCGCCAACCACCCACUACGUUGAAGGAAGAUAGCAAUUUCCAAGACAGAGAAGCUGCAGAGUAUGGCGAACGCGUCGGACAAAGCAAGUGGCUCAUUCCCUCGACCUCCGCUGCAAAAGCAAGAUAGUGAUAAAGAUUUUGAUGACUACUUCAUUGGACCCCGCGACCUCGACCAUCACUCGAAAUGGCCCGUCUUCCUUCGCGUCCACGGCAGUGUGACACCAGAGAUGGUAUUGCCGCUCCUUUUCGUAGCCGGAUGGUCUAGUAUGAUAACAUUAAUAUCCAAGUUUGUACAUGAUCUCAGCGUAAAUCAGCUUUUACUGACCGUCCUCGGUUUCGUGGUCGGUCUUGCCUUGAGUUUCCGAAGCUCCACGGCAUAUGAGCGGUACAACGAUGGUCGCAAAUACUGGGCUCAGUUGACUUUCGCAUCCCAAAACCUUGCUCGGCUUAUAUGGAUCCAUGUUGACGAACGACAUGAGAAGGAUGGUGAACUUGGAAAACAGGAUCUCCUCGCAAAGAUCAACUGCUUGAACUUGAUUGCAGCGUUCGCUGUCUCCCUCAAGCACCAGCUGCGGUUUGAACCAUACAUGCAUUACGACGACUUGAAGCACUUGGUCGGUCAUCUGGACACCUUCGCCCGCGAUGCCGAUCAACCAGACAACCAAAAGAAACAGAAUGUGUUCAAGACAGCAGGCCAGUUCCUUGGGCUACCUAUGGCCGAAUCUAAUCCACGCAAGCUCCUAAAGCGCUCACGCGUUCCUCUCGGUAACCUACCACUCGAGAUCCUAAGUCACUUGAGUGUCUAUAUGAAGUCAAUCUACGACAACGGCACAUUCAAAGUUUCCAUCUAUCAAACACAGUCGCUCAAUGCGCUCACAACAUUCAACGAUGUGCUGGUAGGCACCAACCGCAUCCUCUCCACGCCGCUUCCCCUCGCUUAUAGCAUUGCGAUCAGCCAAAUAACAUGGGUGUACAUUCUCCUACUGCCUUUCCAGCUUUACAGGUUGUUACAAUGGAUCACAAUCCCGGCGAGCGUAUUUGCAGCAUACAUUAUCCUGGGCAUCGCUCUUAUCGGUCGCGAAAUUGAGAACCCGUUUGGAGAAGACGUGAAUGAUCUCCCACUGGAAGCCUUCUGUCUGCAGAUCAGAAAGGACAUCGACAUCAUCAUGAGUAAACAACCCCCCAGCAUCGAGCAAGUGGUCAUGCACCCUGACAACCAGCUUCUCUAUCCGUUGAGCGAUUUGGGCAGUGCAGGUUGGGCGGCAAAAACUGUUGAUGAGAUCAGGGACGCAUUAUCGAGUAAGCCUGGCCUGCACUACCCAUUGGUAGAGCACGGCGAACAUCCUAAGCCGAGCCACCCUCAUAGUACUGGUACCCGUCGCCGGACGACAAGCCAUGAUCGUGCUGAGAUGGGUGAAGCCGGACAAGGUGCAAGUGGCGGCGAUGGCGGCGACUGAUCGGUUACCAAGCGGGGAACGUUUGCUAGCCAUGUUCAGUAUUCAAAUACCUACCGAAUGCAUGGGUAAUACCUCUCGAGACUCAGACAUGGUGAAAGCGCCGUUUUCGCCCAUGAGCACUGCGGUUUCAAGGAAAGAGAGGCGUUCACCCGUGAUCGAAUCGGCUUCUCGGUUUCAUCAGAUUCUCGAUAAUGUUUU